AUGGCGAUUAAUGGUGGGACUUCAAAUGAUUCGUCUUCUUCCUCCAUAUCCCCUCUUUCAUCUCCUUCUUCCGUCGUCUAUGUCGAUUUAUAUGGAAAACGCCGCCAGAUAGCCAAAGUUCAGGUGCUCGAUCGAGAAAUUAGCUUGCUACAGGAGGAGAUAAAAUCACUUGCAGAGCUCGAACUUGCAUCAAGAUGCUGCAAAGAGCUUGACGAAUUUGUAGAAGCUACUCCAGAUCCGCUCAUAGCAAUCACAAAGCAUACUCAUGGUAGAUCAAGAAACUUGUGGAGGAAUCUUGGGAAAAAGUUCGGUUCCAUGUUAUUGUGUUGUUGCUAUUGUGGUUGUUGCAAAACAAAAAGCAACCGUAGAUGCUGCCCGUCAGCAAACUGUUGUUGCUGCUUUGGCAGCACCCAACAGAAGAAGCCACGUAUCUCGGGACACUGUAAGUGUCCCGAGAUAACCUGUAGUUGCAAUCCAUCAUGCCCCAAAUGUUCAUUUUGUCGUUGUUGUUGUAACCCGUGUUCAUGCUUUUAUUGA